AUUCUAAGCAAAACGAUUAACAAUUUGAUUUGUGUAUUAAAUAUGCAUUCAUUUUACUAAAAUCCAUCAAAGGGUUCCAUUUAGUUUUAGUUGCACUUAUAAUUCUGGAAGAACAUUUCAUUAACGCGCUAAUAAGUGAGCUAACAACUGUAGCUUCUUACUGUCUAAACAAACAGCUGUACUUGUGUGCCUACACACUUGUUGCACCUACUUUCAAAGACAGAAUUUUACCCAGUACCUAAGAAAGUGAAACUGUUAUUAUAAACAAAUAGUGUUUAAUUAAAGUGAAAUUCGUUUAAUUUACAGUUAAUAUGUGUAUUAACGUGAGGAAACCCGACUUUAAAUCGUUAUCGUAAAAGUUCGUUACGAUGCACCUGCAGAUCGCUGCAUUUAAUUGAUUGCAUCUUAUAAAUAGAGCACACAAUGGUGUGAGCGUAAUCCUGUUAUUUUUCAACCAAGUGCCAUCAACAUAGGUGAAACAACACGAGCGAACAAGUCUGAAGGAAUCAAGCCAAAAAUGAGUCAUAUGCGGUCGCUGGCAUGUUGAUGUUUUGUUUUUUACGAAAUACCAGAUCGAUGAGUAAAAUCAUGAAUACAAAGACCACGGCUGUAUAGAUAAGUCAUAUGAUGUCUUCUGAAAAAUGUUUUAAAUUUGGAAUACCAAGAAAAACGUGUUGUUUUGGAGGGUUUUUAUUUUAAAAUUUUGUGUAAAAUGUCAUAAGGUUGCUUUAAAAAUGGCACAAAGCUCAGUGGAUUCAGACAGAUUGUCUUCAGCUGGAAUUUCGACACAUAGUUCUGGUACUGCUGGAAAUGUAGGAGGUUCAGUAGUGGGCGUGAGAGCUGGAGAACCAGGCCAGAAAAGACAGGAUGAAGAUGACUAUGAUUUGGGACCCCUGCCUCCGAUGUGGGAAAAAGCAUUCACACCUGCUGGUGAAGUUUAUUUUAUUGAUAACAACACUGGUACUUCGCACUGGCUUGAUCCAAGACUCGCAAGGGUCCGUAAACACUCUCUAGGGGAAUGUGGUGAAGACGAGCUGCCAUAUGGCUGGGAAAGAGUGACAGACGAACGUUAUGGUUCAUACUAUGUUGACCAUAUUAAUAGAAGGACCCAGUAUGAGAACCCUGUACUCCAAGCAAGAAGAUUAAGAGCGGAGAAACUUGCUGCCGAGAACACCAGUAACGGUCAGUCCAAUGGGCCGACACCCGGUGGAGAGUUACGCGGGAACAGAUUAACAGUAAACCUCACCAAGGGACCACAGGGUCUCGGUUUCACGUUGAUCGGCGCCGAAGGUAUACCGGAAACUGAAGGAUACCUCCAGAUACGCAGCAUAGUCCCGCACAGUCCUGCCUGGAUUGACGGCGAACUAAGACCCGGUGACGUCGUGGUUGGUGUAGGCAAUCGCGGCGUGCGCGGCCUCACGCACGAGAUGGUCGCGCAGAUAUUCCAGUCCAUCACGCCGGGGACCGAAGUCAGCCUGCACCUAGUCAGAGGCUACCCUCUGACGUUCGAUUCGGAAGAUCCGAACACUCGGGUGUUGAGCACUUUAGCAGUGGACGCCACGGCGCCGCCCUCGUCCGACGCUGUGGCGAUGCAACAGUUAACUAGGGCCUUGAGAACUAGGUUCAACCUGGACUCGCCUAACCACGAGCCGGGGGCGCAGUCCCGCGACGAGCCGGACAGCUCGCCGGGCGCCGCGCACAGCCCGCGCCGCCUGCUGUCCCGCUCCUUCGACCUCGACGAGCUGGGCGGGGCCGACGCCGCCGCGCCCCCCCGCUGCCCCUCCGCAGACCAUCUGCUGUCCCUCGCUACCGAGGUGCGCGCUGCGGAUGGCGAGCCCGGGCGGGAGAUGCGGGUGAGGCUGCGCCGCGGGGCCGCCGGCUUCGGCUUCACCAUCGCCGACAGCGUGCACGGACAGAAAGUUAAGAAGGUGUUGGACCGAAGCCGCUGCGCCGGGCUGCGCGAGGGCGACUUACUGCUGCAGAUCGGGGACGCGGACGUGCGGCACGCCUCGCACCAACACGUCGUGCAAGUUCUGAAGGACUGCCCCGCGCUGCACGAGACGUCGCUGCGGGUGUGGCGCCGGGGCGGGGGGGGCCGCGCGCCCCGCAGCCGCUCCGCUACCCGCCCGCACCCCGCGCCUGCGGCGUCGGGCGGAAGCCAGCUCGGCCGCAGCAAGACCCCGACGGCGGAGCAGCUGCGGUCCCCGGGCGCACCCGCGUCCCAGCGCGACGGACUCGACGGCGCCAUGAACUCCGUGGAGGCGACGUACGCGGUACCAGAGCACAAGGGUCGGGACCGCGAGAGCCUGAUGGACCGCCGCCGCCGGAGCAGCACCCCAGGCGGUCGUCUCACUCUUCCGACGGUGACGCCGUGGACGGAAAACGCGUGGCACGAGAGAGACAACUGGCUGGACAACGGCAACGUGCAGAACUGGAACGGAGCGCCCUGGGAGGGAGGGGACGCCUGGAACGGGAACUGGGGGGAGGUCCCCACCCCCACCGUGCACGUCGACGUGAACGCGCCCUACUGGAGGGGAAACGCCAGUCUAGCCGACAGUAGCGAUAAUGGAGGUUUCCCAGAAGACGGGAUGCUACACUCACCAACCACAGCUGCUAUCGGCGGUCUGACCACGCACAGACAGUCACCGUCCGCCAACAGAUUGAGGCCGCAUUCACCGGCCAACUCCACGGGACGUUUGCGCAGCCACUCGCCGUCCAACAACAGCGCAACGGAACGGCUCUUGGCCAAUUCGCCUUCGACCAGACUGCGGAGUCAGUCUCCGUCAAACAACUCUUCCAAUAGUCGAGUAAAGGGAUCGCCUCUGAGGUUACGUGAAUCUUCGCCGCCGAGACACAUGCACUCGCCGUUGAGACAGUCGCCAUCUUGUUACGACGCCGACUCAUUGGCUCAGUCCAAUACCGUCUACGUGCCGAACUACCCGCAGGUCGAAGCCGGUGGCACGACGGAUCCUGAAGCGGACGUGCUGGUGCGGCUGGGGCGCGGAGCCGCGGGGUUCGGGUUCCGGAUCGUGGGCGGCACGGAAGACGGGAGCAGAGUGGCUGUCGGCUACGUCGUGCCGGGCGGGCCGGCGGAGGGGCUGGUCCGCGCGGGGGACCUGCUGACGUCAGUGGACGGCGUGCCCGUGACGGGCGCCACGCACCAGCGCGCCGUGGCGCUCGUGUGCCGCGCCGCGCACCGCGGACACGUGACGCUAGGGGUGCGACACAACCGGGCGGACAUACAGGCGAUGGGCGUGCCGGCGAUGGUGGCGCCACACCCCAUGCUCAAUUCGGACGCGGCGCCGCACCCCGCGCCCGCGGCGUCCUACAGCAUACUGCACCCCGCGCCCCUCUACCCGCCCGCGGCCCACCAAAUGUACGGAGGCGUACAGUAUGACGCCACGCCCGCCAGCUGGGCCGGCGUGCCCUAUGACGUCACGGUGACGCGCAGCGACGGCGAGGGCUUCGGGUUCGUUGUUAUAUCGUCGACCAACAAGGCCACGAGCACCAUAGGUCAACUAAUCCCGAACUCUCCGGCGGCGCGCUGCGGGCUGCUACACGUGGGGGACACCAUCGUGGCCAUCAACCACGCGCCCGUCCGCAACCUCUCCCACCCCGAGGUGGUGGCGCUCAUCAAGCGCUCCGGCACCACCGUCACGCUCACCGUCCUGCCGCCGGAGACCAGGCUCGACUGACGAAGGCUCUACUGUAGCUUCGAAGGCACGUACUAGUGCUGUCUACGGUCGAUAAAAAAAAAUAUCGAUACUUUUAACUUUCGAUAAAUACUCUCGGAAUAGUGAUGUCCAAUCUACGAUGUUAUUAUAGUGGCAUUUUUUAUUAGACGAAGUCAAUUGACGUUUACUGUGUUGUCAGUUUUUGAUGAAAUAAGCUGUAGAAAUAAGUGACAUUAGCUACUGUCAGUUGGAUUCGUCUAAUUAAAAAUACGACUAUAGAUAAAAACGACUGUGACAGAGAAGUGAAGUCUUCGGCUAAAUGAAAUUAUUUAUCUUCAGUCUAUAUUUAUUAGACGUUCUCGAAUCGAGCGUGAGGACUCGUGAGUGAACUCUGCUCACGGAUAAGCUCGGUGGUUAGUUUUUAAAACGAAUUGAAAAACAGCUUUAACCCUGCGGCAGCUGCGUAGAUAAUAAUUAGUGCUAAUAAAAACUAUCGAUUUCUUCCGAGUACAGUAAACGACCCGUCCUUUGAAAAAAAAAAAGCAUUACGUAUUGUUGCUCUUUUUCUUCGUUUUUAACAUUAAUAUUACGAAGUAAUAUAUAUAUAUUUUUUUGUAGAUUAUAAAUGGAUUUACAAUCUGUUAAGAAAUAAAGAUUAACAAUAAUUUGAAUUCUAAAUAAUUGUUAUCAAUGUAAUUUUAAUCAGUAAGUAAAAUGUAUUUUUCGAAACACUUCCAUUGUAUUGUGUAAAAAUUAUAAACAAAAAAUGGUUGCAUAAUAAUAAUGUAAUAGUUGUAAAUAAUGGAAAAUAAAAGGAGUAUCCUUCUUGGCGCUGCCAUAACUUCAGAUGAGAGUGGCAUUCAUGUAGUGAUGUCCAUAGACUGCAGUAACAACCUCGGAUAUGGAUCAACGAGAAGAGCUUCGUAAAAAAUAAAUUUAAAUGUGUCCCAGUACUACGCCGUGGAAAUUAUAAUUCGUUAUAGUCAAUAAUAAAAUUGUAGAUUACUUUAAAUUCUAUGUGUACGGAUGAAAGAGUUCACGGCCCGGCUGGUGUGAAGUCGUUAGCGGAGCCCAUAGAUAUCACUACGUGGAUGUCGUCACCCAGCCUGGGACAUGAGGAUAAAUUGCAAAACACCCGUCCCACCAUCCAAAUUGGAGCGUACACACUCGUCCGGGUCACAGUACGUCUUCCAUUGCGGUAGUUUUUAUUUUUUUUGGGUCCGAUCAUCGUUACGCGAUGUUGAUCUUCCGUCGUGAAAAUUAUCCAAUGAACACGAUUUGAGUACAUAAUAGCAUAAUUAGAAAAAAAUAUCAAGGCCAAGUGGGAUUCGAACCCCGGCACAGUCGCAUCCUUCGAUGCGAACGCACCAGACGUCUUAUCCUUUAGGCCACGACGACCUUGUUAUAGUGGAAACAAAAAAAAUCUUAGUAGGGUUUUGAUUAGCUCGACAAAUGUACUGGUACAGUAACUAAAGUCGCAUAGCGGUUUACGGUCAGAACCAAAAGCGAUAUGACCGAAAUAAAAAAUAAAAACAAAGCGGAAACUUAAUAGUUUUUAAGGUGAAAUAUUUAGUUAGACCACCGAAUUCAGAUGAUAUUUUGAUACUAAAUAAAAAAUAAACUUAGUUAAUGAAUAUAAACAAAAAAAAAAUUUUUUUUAAAUAAUUCUUAUCGUAGAAUGAGUGAAUAGUGGAAAUGUUAGUUAAUAUAAUUAAAGUACAGAUUAUAGGUGAGAAAAAAAAUGAGCAAAUUUUUGCUAAUCUGAAAUACACAAACCGAAGUCGACUUGAGACUUGUAAUGGAAUUAUUUCAUUUAGUAAUAAUAAUAAAAAAUCACUUAAAAAAAGUGUAAAAUUUUAUAGUUUAUUUAAUGCACUUUUUGUAAAGUAAUUAUCUAAAUAUUACACUGUUGUGUGACGAAACUCAGAUACAUAU